AUGGCACAUGAGCUAGUGAAGGGUUAUCAAAGAGAGAGAAUCAGCCCUAGAUGUGCCAUCAAGGCAGAUAUCAUGAAGGGGCUAAGGCAAGGUGAUCCAUUGUCUCCCUACCUGUUUGUCAUGGCUAUCCAAGUUCUUUCUAGGCUGCUAGAUAAUGCUGCUGAUAAAGGCCUUUUGGAGUACCGCCCAUUUUGUAAAAGCGUCAAGCUCACGCAUUGGGGGUUUGCAGAUGAUCUCUUGGUGUUUUUGAAGGGCUCUACCGACUCUUCAAGAGUUAUUCUUGGGAUCUUUGACAGAUUUUACAAAAUGUUAGGUCUCAAACUGAACCUAGCUAAGACUGAACUAUAUUGUGGAGGCUUGACUAAGGACGUAAGGCAGGAAAUUUUUCAUAUAAGUGGCUUUAAAGUAGGUUCUUUGCCGGUAAGAUAUCUGGGGGUGCCUUUGGUGUCUGGUCGACUCACUGACAGGGAGUGUAGGCCACUAAUAGAGAGAAUUACUGCCAGAAUCGAAGGUUGGGCUCAUAAGAAGCUCUCUUAUGCAGGGAGGCUCCAGUUGAUUAAGUCAGUCAUCCAUUCACUGGCCAACCUUUGGUGUGCUGCAUUCAUUCUUCCUAAGAAGGUUACCAGAGCUGUGGAGCGGAACUUUAAGGACAAAAGGUACGGCAUUCCAUCACAUGCUACUGUUGCAGGGGCCCAUGGUGACACUGGGUGGAGGGACAUGAAAUGCAGGGAGGAAGCUAGACAAAAACUGCGGGCUACACUUAAUGAAAUUCAAUUUUGUGCUGGUAUGGAAGAUGAAGUGAUCUGGGCUGUUGCUAAGAAGUUCUAUAUUAGAAGUUCCUGGGGGGGAAUUAGAAGGAAGUCCAACCCUGUAAGCUGGUAUAAACUGGUCUGGUAUCAGCACUAUAUACCAAGACACAGCUUUAUAUGUUGGCUUGCAAUCUUAAACAAAGCUUUCACCCCCGAUAGAGUGGCUUCUUGGACUGCGGGGCAGAAAAAAAGCUGUCUGCUGUGCAAGGAGGAUGAGGAAUCUAGAGAUAAUCUAUUCGUUGCAUGUGGCUACUCAAAGCAGGUGUGGAUGAAGGUGCAACAGCUAUGUGGGCUUCUGAAGCCUGUGGGAGAUUGGAGUACUGAAUUUGCUUGGGCUGUUCAGCACUUGAAAGGCAAGUCCGUGCAAGUUGUCCUUCUCAAGAUUGCUUGGAAUGCCUACAUAUAUUUUGUUUGA